UGCACCGAGAGCACGUCUGGGAGCAGCUCCUGUGGCUCGUGCACCCAUGUCAGGAAGUCCUGGACACCUGCAGGAUGGCCAAGGUGAGAUGUUGCACAGGCUCAGUGUGGAGCCCACGCAAGUGCCAUGAGGGGUCAGGGGGAUGCAAGAGGAGGCAGGGAGCACUUGGAGAAAGAAGGAACAGGUGUUCAAGGGAGGUCUGAGGCUUCCUGAGUUCUUCAAUCAAGGAAGGAACAUCCUGGACAGGAGCCAGGAGGGAGCCACUGGGGCUCAUUUCCUGAGGAUGAAAGGCUUCAUCGCCACCACUGUGGGGCUCUGAGUGCCUGAGGAGUUCUGUGCUAACAACUGGGAGGACCACAUCCAGUUGCAUCUGAUGGGGGAGAAGAGGGCUGCUGGGUGGGAAAUGCCUGCAAACAAUGCCCAAGCAUGGCUCAGUUGAGAGCAUAGAGACUCUCUUGGUGCUGCUGGGAGGGGGCACAAACAAGAACACCUGUGCAGGAACUUCUCCCAGCAGACAAACCACUGGGAAACAGUUUCUCCGCUCCCAAGUGGCUAGAUGUGGCUCUCCUGGUCUCUUGCAGAGCCUCACUAUCUUCCUGGAAGCCUUAGAGGGAGUUGAGUCUGUCAUUCCGAAGGACAAGUUUCUGGACAUCACCAGUGCCGUGUUCUACCAGCUCUCUGAUGACACCAAGCAGCACAGCGAGGCUGAUAGCAGAGAGCUGACCCACUGCAUACUGCUGCAGGCCCGAAUCUGCCCAGAGGAAACGUUCCUGUUUCUGCAGUCACAGCUGGGCGAUGAGUGGGAGGCUGGAUGUGUGGCAGCCCUGGGUCUGCUCAGUGCUCUGGUUCGCUCUGAUGAGCCUGUGAUGACAGAGAUGAUGCCCCAGGUUGCAGAGGCUGUGCGGUGUGUGUGCAAUGACCCCAGGACCCGGGUGAGGAGAGCUGUUCUGUAUUUCAUCAAGGAUCUGCUCAGUGCUGACCCCCGGAGCUGCUCAGCUUGGGAUGUGGUGGGGCACAUCUUCAAUGAGUUCAGCCGUGCCACAGGAAGAAGGGCAGCUGGAGACCUUUCUGCCCAGGAAGCCAAGGAAGAAGGAGCUCUCCAGGAGCUGUGCAUGGACAUCCUGGAGUCUCUGGAUCUCUCUGUGAGAGGGAUGUCCAAACUCCUGUGGCCGCGGCUGCUGCUGUUUGUGGUGCCAGCCCAGUACACGGGCAUGCUGAUUCCAGUCUCCCGUUGCAUCCAAGCGCUGGCUGAGAGAGAGGACCUGACAGCACGGCAGAUAGCAGAUCUAGAUCCUCAUUUUGUCAGCUCCGUGUUUCAAGGCCCACUGCUGACUCCCCAGACACUGCUGGCACGUCUGUUGGUGGUGGCAGGGAGUCCUGUUGCAGGCAGCGAACUCCAAGCCGCUGCCUUACUACUGAUGCAAAACCUGCACAGGAGGUUCCACAGAGCUGUGGGGGCCAUGUGGGCUGCAGAGAUCCCCCUGCUGCUGCAGUGUCUCCAAGGUAAAAUGCUGGUGGGGAGGGAGAGGCUGAGGCAGGGAAGGAGGGGGGAGUGAAAAUGCAGCUCUAUAGCAUGGCAGAGGGGAAGCUUUCCUGCAGCCCGGUGCUUGCUCUGCUGCUGUUCCCAUUCCAG